AUGGGAAGCCUAACGAGAUCGUGCAGUGGAGAUGUAGUUGUAAAUAAAUGCGAGGGGAUAUGUAAUAGUCAAGUGCAACCUUCCGUUAUAACUCCUACUGGUUUUUUAAAGGAGUGCUAUUGCUGUAAAGAGAAUUAUCUCCGAGAACGUUUAGUUACUCUUACGCAUUGCUACGACCCGGAUGGGGUUCGAUUAGAAGAUGAAGAGCGGGCUAUGAUGGAAGUUCGUUUGCGAGAACCAGCUGAAUGACAAGAAUGUCAAAUGACACCGGUAAUACACGUAUUACAGCAUCCUGGCUGUGUACCAAAGCCUAUACCAUCAUACGCCUGUAUUGGUAGUAAAAUAUGGCAGAUGGAGCGAUCGUGUAACUGCUGCCAAGAAUCAGGUGAAAGGGAAGCCACAGUUGUUUUAUAUUGCCCGAAAGCUAAAAGUGAAGAUAAAAGAUUUCGUAAGGUAACGACUAAAGCACCUUUGGAGUGUAUGUGUCGUCCGUGUGGGAGCAUUGAAGAAAGUGCAAUAAUACCACAAGAAAUUGCUGGUUACGCUGACGAAGAUUUGCCGACUAUUAAUUACAUUACUACUAAAACUACAUUAAAAAUGAGUCGUCGUAAGCGUGCAAGGGCUGAAACGCGAGAAAUUGAUGAAAAGUUAAAACAGGACGAUUCUGAAUCUGAUCAAUCAGACAAAAGUAAGAUCACUUCAUCCAGUCCGACAACCAUUGCUGGCCGUAGGGAGACAUCAGCUAGCCGCAACAAUGAUAACAAGAAAGAAGAAAAGCCAAUCAUAGUGCAAGAUGCUAAAACUGAAGAUAUUGAAGAAGUCAAUUAUAAAGAAAUGCUAAACAGUUUGGAAGGUGCUGCAUUUCAAUCAAGACUGCCAUUUGAUAAAAUGUCUUCCUUAGAAGCAGAGUGCUUCUCUGAUUUGCAAGGACCUUCUGCUCAAGCAUUUAUUCAAAUUAGAAACAGAAUCCUAAAGCUAUGGUUUGCCGAUCCUAAGAAACAGCUUACACCAGAGCUUGCUAUCCAAAAGAUUGAGCCCCCUUAUAAUGUAGAUCCAGUGCUGGUGUUGAGGACUCAUGCCUUUCUAGAAAGACACGGUUUCAUUAACUUUGGUAUCUAUGAACGAGUAACACCAAUUCCUUCACCACCUAAAGGAAAACAGAGACCAAAAGUUAUUAUUAUCGGAGCAGGAGUUUCUGGCUUAGCUGCUGCAAGACAGCUGAUAUCAUUUGGUUGUGAGGUGGUCAUUUUGGAAGGCAGAGAAAGGGUUGGCGGAAGAAUACUGACGUAUAGAAAGGGACCCUAUGUUGCAGACCUUGGUGCGAUGGUAGUGACAGGCCUGGGUGGAAAUCCUGUUACCACCCUCUCCGUACAAAUGAAUAUGGAGCUGCAUAAGAUUAAACAAAAGUGCCCUCUCUAUGAAUCCACCGGCAACCAAGUGCCAAAACACAAGGAUGAAAUGGUGGAGCGUGAAUUUAAUAGACUUUUGGACGCGACGUCGUACCUCUCCCAUCAAGUGGACUUCAACUAUUAUGAUGAUACACCGGUCUCGUUGGGGCAAGCGUUGGAGUGGGUCAUAAAGUUACAGCAGAAAAAUGUUAAACACAAACAGAUACAACAUCUGAAAGCGUUCAUUACGUUGCAGGAGAAACUCAAGAACAAUAUAAAUAGAAUGUCAGAUAUCAAAGAGCUGCUCAAGUCUAUGAAGACAGAGAAAGAGCUGCUUCUAGCAGAAGAUAAGGGUACAACUGAAGACGCUGGUAUUCUUCACGAGUUCAAUUUGAGGCGCCUCAACCGAGAAUUGAUCAAACUUUGCAACGAAUAUGAGACCUUGAUAAAACAGAACGCCACUAUCGACGAUAAAUUGACGCAACUGGAGGCUAACCCGCCGAGUUCAGUGUACCUCUCCGUGCGCGAUCGUCAGAUCCUGGACUGGCAUUUCGCCAACCUGGAGUUCGCGAACGCGACGCCCCUGGCCAACCUCUCUCUCAAGCACUGGGACCAGGACGACGACUUCGAGUUCACCGGGAACCACUUAACAGGAGUCCAACUUGGACUUGUCUUCUAG